AUGGCGAUGAUGAUGACUGGCCGUGUGCUGCUGUUGUGUGGCCUCUGCGUGCUGUGGUGCGGUGUCUGCGGUGGUCUUGCAGACGAGGAGACAGCAGGCUCUGGGAGUGGUGAUGAACUUCCGCCGGAAUCACAAGGAGUUGAAACAUCUCCACAAGAUCCCCAAGGGUCACAAAAUAGAGCACCAGGUGGUAAAGAAAAUAUAACUCCCGAACGUAUAGAGGAAGCUGAUGAUGAUGAUGAUGAUGAUGAUGAUGAUGGAGAGACAAAAGCGGAAGAAGAAAGGAGUACUGAAAGGCAGAGUGUUCAAGAAGGAGCAGCUGCACCAGACCCAGUUUCCAGGGAAGAGAAUUUAAGUGACAGCGGGCAGGAAAAGAACCAGGCAAUUUUAUCUGCAGAGGACGUUUCUCUUUCCGGCAGUCGGGAAUCAAAUGCCAAUCCUACGCAAACGGAAUUUGAAGAAAAGAAGGACUCCGAGAAAAAUCCACCUGCAGUAGAGGACGCACUUACAACAGGUAACGGAGGGAACACACUGCCUGGGGGAGUUGCGAGAGGAAAUUUUCCAUCAUCUCCAGAAGACGGUGUUGAUUCCCGCAAACAGGAUGGCGAAGAGACCACGAGUGAAAAUAAAAAAAAUGUUCCGUCGCCUACGACCGCAGUCACACCACAAAGCCACCGAGAAGAAGGCUCAGAAGGGACUGGGGAAGAUACAAAAGCAACGACAGUAACCGCCAACAAAACCGAUACGACGAAUACACAGAACAGCGACAGCAGCACCGCGGUGUCCCACACCACCUCCCCUCUUUUGCUUCUUCUUGUUGUUGCGUGUGCGGCUGCGGCUGCGGUGGUGGCCGCGUGA